AUGGUAUACAUUCACUUGCACCAAAUAGUGAGCAUAGGCAUUGUGCUCGGCACAUAUAUGCCAACUGGAAGAAAAACUUUGCAGGUCCGAAGUACAAGGCACUUUUUUUGGAAUGUUGUGAAGGCAACGUGCAAGACGGACUAUGAGUGGGCGCUUGGUGAAUUGAAGAAAACAAGCACAGAGGCUACCGAUGACUUUGAGGGUAGAGGGACGAAUGCUUUUUGCAAGGCUUUGGUUAAUAGCUUCACAAAGACUGACGUGGUGGACAACAGUGUGAGUGAAACCUUCAACUCUUACAUUCUCAAGUGUAGAGAUAAGGUUUUGAUUGGCAUGCUAGAGGAUAUAAGAACAAUGAUUAUGACUAGGAUUUACGAUCUAUCAAGUAGCAUGGAAAAACUCUUACAUUCAUCUGAUCCAUUGUGUCCAAAUGUGAGGAAAAAAUCGAAUAAGUUGCAAGGGAAAAUCAGGCUUUGUGAUGUAAGGCCGGCUGUUGGGGGGAAAUUUGAGGUGCAUAUGUAUGAUGACACCCAUGUAGUAUGUCUUAUUGAUAGGGAGUGUACUUGUAGAGCUUGGGAGUUGACGGGAAUCCCUUGUUGCCAUGCUCUUAGCUGUAUUUUCCACAAUAGGGAUGACCCCGUUAAAUUUAUUGAUCAUUUUUAUUACAAAAACAAUACGAUAGAGUGCUACAAACAUGGUUUGAGUCCUCUACGGGGUUUUAAGUCUUGGCCCAAGGUUGAUGAGGUGCCCAUCUUUCCCACUAAGUAUUCAAGGUCAGCUGGAAGACCUAAGAAACGUAGGAUUAGAGGGCUUGAUGAUCAACAAACUACGGCUAAGGCAAAAUGGAGCAUGCGUGGCUUAAGAAUGAGUUGCAAGAAAUGUGAUAAGUUUGAUCACAACAAGAGAACUUGUAAAGAGCCUCCUCGAGCACCAAGUGCAAGUGAAGCUGAAAAUGAGCCCCAAGAGACUGUUCCUCGAGGAAGACAGCCUAGAGCGCCUCCGGCGUCGAUGAUGACCGUACCCAAAUCUACUAACAUUACCAGUGUGGUUUUGCAAUGA